AUGGCGGAGGAACCGUCCACCAAGCGUCAUCAUGCCGAGACGUCGGACAAGAGGAGCAACCUCGUCGACAUUAAAGUCCCCGGCGAGAAGCGCAACUACACCAGAACGCUCGAAUGGGUUGAGCUCCACGGCAAGGAGACGCUGGAGAUCGUCUGCACCAGUGAACCAGACAGGGCCGACAAGGUGAUCUCCAGGCUGUGGAGGAAGCUUGGCAGUAGGUCCAAGCGCCUGACCGACAUGCUGCAGCAUGACAAGUUGUUCACAUUUGCCGGUUUCAGCAUUGAAAGCGACAAAGAGAAACUGAAGUUGUCUGGUAUGGAGAUCAACCCCAACAAGUUCAUCGACAUUUAG